GGGGCCACCUAAUCGCCGGCCCAGUCACCGCAUCACCUCGCCAACAAACCAAGAAAGGCCCCUCACAAAGCAGGUACAAAGUCAAGCAAAAAAAACAAAAAAGAAAAAUGUCAGAAGCAUACGAACGCGAGCGGCAGAACAACGCCCGCCUAGACGAGCUCUCCGCCAAGGUGUCGGCCCUGCGCGGGGUGACCAUCGACAUCUACGACUCGGCGCGCUCACACGAGGUGAUUGAGUCAACGAGUGAGACCUUCUCUUCCAUGGGGACCCAGCUCAAGGGGUCAGCGAGCCGGUUGGGGCGGAUGGCGGCGUCGGGGAACAAGGUGGCUAUUUUCAAGCUGUCCGGAAUCAUUAUUGGGGCAGUGCUGGUGUUGUAUUAUAUCUGGAGGUUGUUCUUCUAGGCCGGUUGCUAUGAAGAUCGGUGUGCGCUGCGCGGUUGGGUCGCUUGAGCAGGGGAGGAGGAUAAUGCUGUCAGGGCAUAGCCGCGUCAAGGGCGCGGUAUUUGGAUGAGGCACGGGGCAGGGCGGCGUAUCAUUUUGUCGGGGCGUGGGCCGGGGUUAUUUGGGCUUGAAGGAUGGCCACCAUACCGAUUUUCGGACUGGUUAUCUGGCAUGGGCAUAGCACGGCGUUGGGUGUUCUUUGGA